GCAGCUGUGACCGCAUUCGAAGCUAGCUGUGGCAGCAGUUGCCGUAGCCAUCAGCCGACGCCGAAAACGUGGGAGGCCGGGCUCGACUCGACCGGGUAUAAACGAGGGGCCUGCCCUCGGGUCGACGCAGGAUUCCGCGAACUCACGGCGACCCCGUCCGCCUUGCCAUGAAGUUCCUCACCGCGUUCCUGACGUUCGCGACGAUGCUGGUGGCCGCGUUGCAAGAAGAACUCGUCCAAACGAGAGCCGGAAACUGCCCCAGCCCGCCUCUCCUCGCCGGGUACAUCGGCACUUCAAACUGCUAUCCGAGUUCGCCGAUCUCGAGCUGCGGCUCCGUGCCGGACUACGGCGUCUCCGCGGCGGAGAAGGACCAGAUCGUGUAUUACUUUAACUACUUGAGGGCAUGGGUCGCCUCCGGCAAGGAAACGCGGGGAAGUCCCGGACCUCAGCCGACAGCCUCCAACAUGCGACGCAUGGUGUGGGACGAGCGCCUGGCAGCGACGGCGCAGGGCUGGGCGAACAACUGCCAAUUCGGCCACGACCGAAGCGAGUGCCGCAACUACGGCACUUCCUUCAAAGCAGCGGGCCAGAACAUCGCCUGGAGUUGGGGGACCGGGGCCAAGGAUUGGUGGGCGACCAUCUUAGACUGGUAUAACGAGGUUGCCAGCUUCGAUUCCAGGAGCGUAUCGCGAUACUCAUUCUCGAUGACGACGGGACACUACUCGCAGCUGGUAUGGGCAUCCACCUACGCCGUGGGAUGCGGCUACGUCGCCUACGGAGGAGGAAACAAACUCUACGUCUGCAAUUACGGGCCGUCUGGGAACCUCCAAGGGGCGACGGUGUACGGCGUCGGGACCCCUUGCACCUGCUGCCAAUCUUCCUGCACUUGGGGUCUCCUUUGCGACUGAUUGACUUUUUUUGCUGCUGGCCCCACGAAUGGAAAAUAAAACGAUUCAUUUAGGAGUGUG